AAAAACCGUUGGUGGCCUGUAGCCUGUAGCCGUUAAAUGGAAGACUAACGUAACCUAGACUGAUAGCGUCCUUAUUGGAGUUAUCAAGAAUAGAUUUGCUCCAAUUUGAAGGCCCGCCGCUAUUGAAAGAAUAUUAUGCAAAGUUUUGAUACGCACGAGAGAAUAUAAAAUAGUUUGUCUAAGAAUAUAUAGAGUUAAAAAUGGACCCUGCAACAGCCAUAGCUCGUUCUAAAGAAAAUAUUCAGCCCUUGCGUUAUGGACGAAAUGCUGCACAACUGGGAACUGCUUUGAGAGCUCAAGAAGAUGCCGAUGCUCAGCAAUUACUUUUACAAGAAAGGCAAAUGUAUGAAGCUGCAAUAAAAAAUUAUGAAGGAGACGAUCCUUUGGAGAAUUGGUACGAAUAUAUAAUUUGGAUGGAGCAGAGUUGUCCAAAAAGUGGACACGAGUCACACAUUGCUAAACUUCUGCAGCAGUGCUUAGCUAUAUUUGAAAAUGAAGUCAAGUACCAUCAGGAUCGUAGAUAUAUACGUCUUUGGAUUAAUUAUAUAAGUAUGCAAAAAAAUCCUUUAGAGCUGUAUCAACUUUUAUAUACAAAUGGAAUUGGGACUAUGGUGGCGGAUAUGUACAGAGCAUGGGCUUUUGAAUUAGAACAGAUAGAAGACUAUAAACGCGCCGAUAAAGUUUAUUUAAUGGGCUUAUCUGCCAAAGCGGAACCCCUGGAAGAAUUGGAUUACGCUCACAAGAACUUUCAACUUGCGGUCGCGCGUAAAACAUUAGGUCAUUCGGAGGAUCGUAGCGAAAGAUCGUUAUUCGAACAACGUCAAGCUUUUAGUUCUUUAAGAGCGAUAAAGGCUGGCAAAAAAGUUAGCAAUGUACGUACUGGGCAUCGAGUUCGUGAAUACUAUCCCGGUACCGUACCACAGGUUGCGCCAGCAGUUCAUAAUGCCGCGGUAAAUCACAGGAUACAAAUAUAUCAGGAAGAUGUUCCUGGCGAGUUGAAAACUUCGAGUAUACUAGAUCAUGUUCCGAUAGAAGAUACAGUGCAUAAAGAAAAUACCAUUAAAGCCGGUCCGUGGAAUGGUAACGGAAGUAGACGAUGUCCGUUAAUGACACACGUUACAAAGACAUCUUUCAAAGUUCACGAGGAUCAGCCAGAUGAUUAUAACGCAGACAAAGUAAGAUUAUUCCCAAACCAUACAUUCUUUUUCGAUGACAGCAAGUAUCCCGGGUGUUUAACAGUGCCUGUAUUUGUACCCGACGCUCCAAACCCAAAUAUUAUAUUAAAGCCGUAUUAUCCAAAAGAUUUAGUUUAUGCUAAUAAUAUGGAUCUAAGUAUGGAAGAGAUAAGAGCCCAACGGUAUUCGCAAAGAGCACAAAUUUUAGAGAAAUCGCACGAAACGCAAGACAUUAGAGAAACCGAACAACAGAUUCAACACAAAAGCUUUGACGUCGAACAACAAAGACAUAGCAUGUCUCUGCAAGAACUACUGAGACAGCGACAAGAGUACAAGGAACAAGAAGAGCUAACCGAGAGACACCAAAAAUUACAGCAACAAAGAGAUGCUGAGCAAUUCGAACUGGAAAGACAGAGACUUCUGGCUGAGCAAGAAAAACUCCAGAGACAGCAAUACGAAGCUGAAAAUCUAGCUCUCGAGAAUCAAAGGCGCGAAGCGGAACAACGAGAGUUAGAGAGAUUAGAAGCUGAGAGAAUCGAAACGCAAAGGCUCGAAGCGGAAAGACUCAAAGCGCAGAGACUCGAAGCGGAAAGACUCGAGGCACAAAGACUCGAAGCGCAAAGACUCGAGGCACAGAGACUCGAGGCACAGAGACUCGAAGCCCAAAGACUCGAGGCACAGAGACUCGAAGUACAGAGAAUGGAAGCGGAACUGAAUUUGCAACAAAAGUUACAAGCCUCCAGUUUCAUGCAUCCGCAUCACACGUCGUCCUUAACUGCCGAUCCUGACGAACAUUUGCUCGGGCAAAGUCUUACCGUUAACACGAAAGAGGCGAUGUCGGUAGUGCAAGAUAUGUGGCGUUCACCUACUUCUAAUUUCCGUACUUCCAUGACACCUAGAAUUCCAGAUUCGAAGAUUUUAAAAAUGUGUUUCGACAUACAUAUGGAUAGUUCGAUGACUCAACACGCAAUGUCGAGCAGUAAACAUCAUUCGUACAACUUGCAACCGUAUAACGAUCAGGAAAACCAUCAAAAUUAUUCGACCCAUCAAAGUUAUCCCAAUCAAGAGCACCAGAGUUCUUAUGCUAGUCCUAAAUUACACAACACAUACCAGUACGAAUUGCAGCAACAUCACGAGCAACAAGUGCAGCAAUCCCAUUCUCGACCGCAUCAUUCGCAGCAUCAUCAACAGUUGAUGCAACCCCAUCAGCCCGCCCAUGUGAUGCCGCAUCAUCAGUCUUCUCUUAGCCAUCCUUCGCAUCUGCAAACUCACAGCCAGAUUCAGCCGCAUCAUCAGUCUCAUUCCCAGCAACAUCAACAUUCGCCUAACCAACACCUUCACCAUCAACCACAUCAAGCGCACCAACACAUACAACACUUGCAACAUACCGUUUACGCCAACAUGACACCAAGCGAUAUCGCUUAUCAACCGUAUCCCGCGCAGUUGGAAUCCUCGUUGUUGCAACAAAACGUCGAACCUCAGAAACAGCUUCAUUUCACGCCAUACACCGAACCUGACGUGGAAACCAACAAACCGUAUAGAAUGCCUCCGGAGUUACCGUACAUAAAGUCCCCGGGUAUGAAUCGGAGAGACAUCAAGUAUCUCGAAGGUGCCGAGGACAAAGAGAACGCUAUCGUCGUUGACUAUAAUGGGCCGAUAGAAGAGAAUAUGACAUCGAAGCCAGCUGACGAAAACAAUUUAUAUAUCGAUGAAAGCCUCGGUAUUAGUCCAUUAACAGACAAUAAUGACACGUGUUUCACCGAAGCAUUUAAUACCCAAUUGGCCAGUUCUACACCUAUGACAAAUCAUUUCAAACAAACUUACAAAGCACCAGAAGAAACUCCACAGUAUUCGAACCAAUGCGCUGCGCCUCCACGUAACACAGAACCGCCUCAUGUCGAAGGCGACGAAAAAUUGAGCGUUAUACUGGAAUCGACUAGAGAAUAUAUAUCGAGCAGUUCUGGUAGUAGCGUUCACACGAGAACCGCUGGAUUGGCUUUCACGUUAACCAAGGAAGAUUUGGUUCCUAUUAAAGAACACUCCAUUAGUCAAUGUGAAAGCGAAGAGGUUACAGAUGCCACGCUACACGCGAAUCAACUUUACGACCAAAAUCUUCAAGCUCAGAUUCAAGCUGUGCAUGCCCAAAGUCCGCGUACGGUGCAACGUAACGUGGAUCAAAUUACUUCUGAAAUUAAGAAGAACUGUGAUCUACGAAAAUCGAUUAAUUUUAAACUGAACGAGAUAGAGGAACAGGAUGACAAAGUUGAUCCGAUGGAGUGCGAAGAACAUCACGAACCGAUGGAACAAGCAGAGGAAGAAAGCUUUCAGUUUCCUUCGGGAGACACAAAUCCUUUUGACAAAAACUUAAUAGCUAGUCUUUUAAAGAAAUUAAAAUUCCCCCAGCCGCAUCAUGCAGAAGGAUAUGUGAGACUAGAUACUAAUUUAAAUAAGCUUGUGCCUUCUACUGUGGUUACGCUUGGUAAUGAAACGUAUGAUUUGGAUAAGUGCCUUGGAAAGGGAAUGUAUGGUACAGUAUUCAAAGCAGUGAGUCUACAAACAGGUCAAACAGUUGCCCUAAAAACUCAAAAGCCUGCUUGGGUGUGGGAAUUUUAUAUUACUAGAGAGAUUAAAGCUCGUUUAACUAAUCCACAUGUGUUGCGUGGAUUUAUGGAUGUCUCGAUGGUAUACGUUGCGAAUAACAGCAGCGUACUGGUGUCGGAGUAUUCCAAAUAUGGAACACUAUUAGCGGUAACGAAUCAAAUAAAAAUUGCUACGGGUAAACCAUUGGUGGAGCAGUUAGCUAUAUUCUUCACAAUCGAAAUGUUGCAAAUUGUGGAGUACUUACAUAAAUGCCAAAUAAUACACGGAGACAUCAAGCCGGACAAUUUUCUGUUAAUGCGUUUACCCACGGAAGAUGUAAGGCCAACGAUACAGUUAAUAGAUUUCGGAUGUAGCAUAGAUAUGAGUCUUUUGCCGGAGAAGACGACAUUUACUCAGGUUAUAAAGACAGAAGACUUUACAUGUAUCGAGAUGCAAACCGGCAGACCGUGGACGUACCAGACCGAUCUGUAUUGCUUAGCCGCGACAAGUCAUUGUUUACUGUUUGGCAAUUACAUGAGAGUAUCGAAUAUCGGCGGGCACUGGUCCAUCACCACGAAGUUACCAAGGUACAUGAAGAGAACUCUUUGGGAGAAAUUCUUCACAGAACUGUUAAAUAUUGAAUCCUGCGAUAAAAUGCCAGAUUUAUCUUCGCUACGUAAUAUGAUGGAAGAAACAUUAGCGCAAAUGGAUGCGCAGACAAGAAUUAGAAACUUUGUCAAUAUUCUAAACAAACGAUAACACUUACUGAAUGCGCUGUAUCGAAUGUUAUGUCUCAUUGUGUGCACAUAUUUAGUAAAGAACCAGAAGAUCGCGAGAUGGCGGAGAAUUAAUGUUAUUGUGCUAUUUAUUAUAAAAGUUAAUACUACAGUGAUAUAUGUACUACACAGUUAAUAAUACAUGAAAUGCACUUUAUGGCCUGCUUCGUGGAGGCUUUAAGAAACUAUAUUGCUUGCACAUAAUCAAUUAUACUAGGAGUACUGAAUAUUUGAUUGAAUUAAAAAGAGGGAAAAAGUCGAACGGAAAAAGGAAAACUUUUAUAUUACUGACAUUUUACGCGCCAUAAGUUAUAAAAAUGUCUUUCAAGAUACCUCGUGACACAGUACCUGGAUGUUAGCAUCUGUCACGUAAUUUGUGUAAAGGCAGAUUUGUAUAAUAAAGUUGAGUAAAAAAAAAGACGAGACUUCGAGAACAUGAAUAUGUAAAAAAAAAAAAAGUAAUAUUUAUAAUACAAUGCGCGUGUGAUAAAUGCGGGCUGUUUAUCUAUGUAUGUAGUGUUUAUAUCAUAUAUAUGAAAUAAACUUUUGUUCUACAGGUAUCAAGUUUCUUACACGCACAUACAUUUUAAUAUGAUUAUAUUAAAAUUUUAGUUAUCAUUACAUGUUCUGUAAGAAAAAUAAAACUAUUUAUGCUGCAAUUAAUUGCUUAUGAUGCUAAUGUUUUCUUUCGUUUUAGGUAUUCUUUAAAUUGGCGUUUCACUGUUAAUGAAAUAUGAUAUAGUUAAUAAUGUAUGCAAGCGAAAUUUAUACGAAACACUAAUGAAAUGUAUGUACAAUUAUUUACCUUGUUUCGAUCGAUUCGUUUGUUUCAAAUGUGCAGGCUUAUUCGCCAGUAUCCACUAAACAGGCCUUUAUGUAGUAUAUUUUAUAAAAUAGAAUUUAUUGUAUUAAACUACGCAAACGAUAGAAAUUUCAGAUUUGUGUUCGAAUGAUUCAAUUUUAUAAAAUGCACAAGAACAUUAGGUUGUCUGAUAUUUAAAUAAUAAUAUAAAUUAUAUGUAUAGCAUUACGAAACGUAUAAACAAUAAUAGACAGCCUAUUGUUCUCAUUUAGGAAUUUUUGGGAAUAUGCCUUGUCUUAUUUUGACAGUGCAACGUAAAAUAUUUAGGUUAUAAUGCGAUAUUAUAUUACGUAUGGCUAUUCGACACACUCUUUAAUAAAGGAAUACAAAAAAAAAAGAAUAAAAACUGGUACACUGCCGGAGUUAGGUUUAGUUAUGAAAAUGAAUUAAGAAAGAAGCAUAUUCUCUUGCAAUAGGUUCACAUUUACUACAGUUAGUUUACUUAUUUUUAUAAAAAUUAGAAAAAUAUAAGUCUCUAUUAAAAUCGCUGAUUGUAUUUAGGAGUUUUUGUUUUACAUACCAUCUUCGUUUUGGCGAUAUUAACGACACAACAUGAAGUUAUAAAAAUUGUCUUAGGCUAGUUUCACGAUCUGUGUAAUUUCGUAACUUUGGUAAUUUGAUAAAAUUCGUAUAUUUCUUCUUGCACUAUUAUGCUAUAGUAGUCGAUCAUAAAAUUACAUAAAUAGUCUGAUCUUAUAAGUACAAUUAUUUACAAAAAUUAAUUAUUAUUAUUAUUGCGCGGCAACUGUAAAUGAUGUAAAAAAAAAAUCGAAUUUAUGAUUGUCACGAACUCCAUAAAAUAUCGAGAUUCAUAUCCUUGAUCCUUAGUCCAUAAUUACAAUAGAUGAUUGCACAAGUGCGCAUAAUUGUCAUACCCAUGAAUAUACUUACUUUUUUCCUCUUCAAGUCUUACCGUAAAACUUUCGAUUCAAUAAAUAUAACAGCAAAUUCA